AUGUACAUGCGGUCGGACUUUGCGGCGUUACGGGUGCGGAAAGACGUGAACGAGCUGUCGAAAGCCAAGUUUACCUGCAGUCAAGCCAAGACCCGCGUGGACUUUCCAGACGGAGCGGACAACAUGUUGCAGUUGAUCUUUACCAUCUCAAUUGCUGAUGUGUCGGGUCCGUUUGCAAAUGGCGACUUUACGUUUUUUGUGGAGAUUCCCAGGACGUACCCAUUUCAUGCUCCCAGCGUGACGUGUUUGACCAGGGUAUGGCAUCCGAAUAUCGACAUGGCAACGGGCAAAGUCAUGAUGUCGAUUCUGGGUAAGGACUGGUGCCCCGUGCUUAGCAUUAACACGGUCUUGCUCGGAUUGCAGUUGAUAUUCCUAGAACCUGGCGUCGAUUACGUUCUCAAUACGGCGGCAGCCGAGCAGCUGCAUGAGAACCCAGAACAGUUCAGAAAUGAGUCGCAGCAGAUACUUUGUGGUGGAAAGUUCUACGGUAUGGACUUCCCGCCACAUCCGCGACAGGUUGAGAGUCGACGACGAGACUGGGGUUUGCGAGUAAAGCGCCCACGUGACGAUGACUCUCGCGCAAGUGCUGAUUGGGACGGUAUGGCAAGCCCUAACACAAGCGACAGUAUCAGUAUCGAGGCCCCAGAGCUUGCGGAUUGCAGUGACGGUCCUGCUUGGAAACGGAUGCGAAUUGAGUAA